ACAAUCGAUAAUUGUGUGACGUGUUUUGGUUUCCUACGUGCGAAACAAAGUAAAAUUAAAAUGAAAACAAGGCUUAUUUUGCUGUGCCUGGCACUGGCGCCUGUUGUGCUGGCCAAGAAGUUCACCGACGAGGAAAAACCGGCGUGGGCCAAGAAAGACAUACGGGACUACAGCGAAGCGGAUCUAGAGCGAUUGCUGGACCAGUGGGAUGAAGAUGAAGACCCCCUAGAGCCGGACGAGCUGCCCGAGCACUUGCGUCCGCAGCCAAAACUGGAUCUCUCAAAUCUGGACAGCAAGAACCCCGAAGACUUGUUAAAAGUGUCGAAGAAGGGACGCACGCUCAUGACUUUCGUCUCCGUUACCGGCAACCCAACGCGUGAGGAAGGCGAAACCAUUACCAAGCUCUGGCAGACCAGCCUAUGGAAUAACCACAUUCAAGCCGAGCGGUAUAUGGUCGAUGACAACCGUGCCAUAUUUCUCUUUAAAGACGGUGCCCAAGCCUGGGAGGCAAAGGACUUCUUGGUCGAGCAGGACCGAUGCAAGGGCGUUUCCAUCGAGAACAAGGAAUACCCUGGCGUACACGCAAAGGACGAGCUCUAGACACGCUGUUAAUUAGACUUUUACAUUUCUCAUUCCUAUUUUUAAGCACAAAGAUGAACAAAACAACGAUCAUUAGGAUUAUUAUUUGUAUCAUACAAAUUGUA